GGCGGAACUGGCAGAUAUCUUCUGCGAGCUAAAGGUUGCUGUAUGAUCGAGGGGACUUAGAGAUUCCUUCGAUAGAACAAAUAUUUCCUAAAUUUACGACACAGAGGGUCUAGUAGAGAUCCGACAUCAAGCACAUAAUGGUUGUUGUGACAGCAGGGACUGGGGGCGCCCACAAAGUCCUCUUAAUAUCUGGAAAACAAAAUGCCUCAUCUACUACGGCAACACAGGGAGGCUUCAACCGGUCAAUAUCGGUUGUUCUCCCUUCAAGUCAAGUCUCGUCAGAUUCAGAUUCAAAUGGAUCCGGACCACCUCUUCGGAAAAGACAGCGACUCACACACUUGAGCCCUGAAGAAAAAGCACUUCGGAGGAAACUCAAGAAUAGAGUUGCUGCUCAGACCGCAAGAGACAGAAAAAAGGCCAAAAUGGGAGAGUUGGAACAGCAGGUUUUGGAACUUGAGCUGGAGAAUCAGCAGCUCAACCUUGAGAAUCGGCUGUUGAGAGAAAAGACCAGUGACCUCAUUACUGAGAAUGAGGAACUGAGACAGAGAUUGGGAUUAGAUACUUUGGAAGUUGAGAAGGGACAGGUUCAGGUGUUAGAGUCCAAUGUGAGCUCCAUGGGUUUGGGGAUCGGGUCUUCUGAGUCCGCAGCACUCAGGCUACGUGUGUCCGCAGCAGGUGCAGGCCCAGCAGUCCUCAAAUCCGAGGAGUUCGCCAUGGAUACUGGCAGUCCUGGCUCUUCAGACGCUGAGUCUGAUCUCUUGCUUGGCAUCCUGGACAUCCUCGACCCAGAGCUCUUCCUCAAGGGGGCCCUUGCCGUGCCCCAGGAAGCCCAGCUGGUGCUCGGUGGAGGCGAGGGAGUUCCAGUAUGCCCCGCCGCACCUGCAGCUCUGGGGCCCGCACCAGUUAAGCUGGAGGCCACUAAUGAACUGAUCCACUUUGACCACAUCUACACCAAGCCCGUGGAGGACGAGGAGGAGGAUGAGGUGGAGGUGCAGGAGAGUGUGCAGGAGGUGAAGCUGGAGGAUCAGCAGGAGGAGAUGGAAGACAAGGAGGAGGAGCUGGAGGAGGAGGCCUUCUCCCUGGCCCAGGAGGAGGUGGUGGCGUGUGUGGAGGAUGUCUCGGUGAAGGACGAGCCCGAAGAGGUGCACAUCCCCGAGGUGUCCGGCGCCACCGCCGCUGGGGUCAGCGAUGACUUCCUCUCGCCGGCGUCCCCCUCCCUGGCCGGCUACGGCAAGACUGCCUACCUGACAGACGCAUACAGUGACUCUGGAUACGAGAGGUCCCCGUCCCCUUUCAGCAACAUGUCCUCCCCGCUGUGCUCCGAGAGCUCAUGGGAAGACGUGUUCGCCAAUGAACUUUUCCCCCAGUUGAUCAGUGUCUGAACCCUAAACCGCCAUCAGUUUUUGAUAUUUAGUUUUCCUUCGCUGCCCUUCUGGGUGUAGUUCAAAAAGUGACUUUCUUUGCUUUAUAUUGUAAAUAUGUGAAGUCAUCACCCUAACUACCCUAGACUACACUGAAAGUCUAGAUGUAAAGUACCAACUCUUAUCAUGUGGCUGGUGUCAAGUGCAGUACACCUGUAUUAGCCUGGCAACAUGGGGAGUUUCCGUUUUCAGAUUAGAAAAUUAAUAUUUUAUCAGUUUGUCAGAUUUGCAGAAAAUCUAACACAUUGUAUAGGGUUCUAACUAAAUAUCACUCAAUCAACAAUCUCAAUAGUCUGAAAGGGGUCCCGGGGACUAAUUGUAAUCUGUCUAUUUAUUUAUGUAUUUAGUGUGAGUCGUCUGUAUGUAAUGUCAGAUACCAAAAUGCUUUACUAUGAAUUGUAUUAUUUGAAAUUCACAGCAUUCUCCUCCUAGCAUACUGCCCUGUAUUAAACUUCAAGCAUUGCAUAA